AUGCAAACAUUGUUGGCUUCAGUUGCUCACCUUUUGUACGUCCGACCAAUAGUAGGUACCCAGGCUUCCCAGGUCCACUCUCCACCUCCCAAGGCCCACUCUCCACCUCCAAGGCCCACUCUCCACCUCCAAGGCCCACUCUCCACAUUCCUAGGCCCACUCUCCACCUCCAAGGCCCACUCUCCAGCUCCCAAGGCCCACCCUCCACCUCCCAAGGCCCACUCUCCACCUCCCAAGGCCCGCUCUCCACCUCCCAAGGCCCACUCUCCACCUCCAAGGCCCACUCUACACCUCCAAGGCCCACUCUACACCUCCAAGGCCCACUCUCCAGCUCCCAAGACCCACUCUCCAGCUCCCAAGGCCCACUCCCCAGCUCCCAAGGCCCACCCUCCAGCUCCCAAGGCCCACACUCCACCUCCAAGCCCACUCUCCACCUCCAAGGCCCCCUCUCCAGCUCCCAAGGCCCAUCCUCCACCCUCCAAGGCCCACUCUCCACUUCCCAAGGCCCACUCUCCACCCUCCAAGGCCCACUCCCCACCCUCCAAGGCCCACUCUCCACCCUCCAAGGCCCACUCUCCACCCUCCAAGGCCCACUCUCCACCCUCCAAGGCCCACUCUCCACCUCCCAAGGCUCACUCUCCACCUCCCAAGGCCCACUCUCCACCUCCCAAGGCCCACUCUCCACCUCCCAAGGCCCACUCUCCACCCUCCAAAUCCCACUCUCCACCUCCCAAGGCCCACUCUCCACCCUCCAAGGCCCACUCUCCACCCUCCAAGGCCCACUCUCCACCCUCCAAGGCCCACUCUCCACCCUCCAAGGCCCACUCUCCACCCUCCAAGGCCCACUCUCCACCUCCAAGGCAGAUAUUCCCUAUCCUGACCUCAAUUCGAAUUCUUAAUCCUCUCGCUUUGCUAAGAUCUCUUCCUCCAUACGGCAACAGCUUCUCCUCCAUGAACACUUCCUACAUGCAGCAGAGCUCCUCCAUGUACACUUCCUACAUGCAGCAGAGCUCCUCCAUGUACACUUCCUACAUGCAGCAGAGCUCCUCCAUGUACACUUCCUACAUGCAGCAGAGCUCCUCCAUGUACACUUCCUACAUGCAGCAGAGCUCCUCCAUGUACACUUCCUACAUGCAGCAGAGCUCCUCCAUGUACACUUCCUACAUGUAG